CCAGAUGAAAGAGAAAAAACCAAAACAUGGUAAUGCAGCAUUAAGUAUAUUUUGUACAGACAAACUAGCAGAUAGCCUUACUAUUGUAUCAAUGGGUACGGACACUUCCGCCUCAACAGACAUUGGUACGCAUAUCAAUGUGAAACCUUUCACAGUAACUAACUUUAUAGAGAUGGAACCCCUCUCAUACAAGAUCUAUGAACUGAGUGAAGAUCUAUCUAUUUUGAUAGACACUACCGCAAAGUUUACUCUUAAAAUGGGAGGAGUGUAUACAGCAUUAGUAUAUGGCAAUGGUUCUAAGUCUGGUGUUCAUUUAUAUGUGGAUGUCACAGAAAACACUGUCUCAAUGGCAUGGAUGAUACCUCAGUACGUUCUCGUCACACUUGGGGAAGUUCUUUUCUCAAUUAGUGGGCUUUCAUUUGCUUAUUCUCAGGCCCCCAUGUCGCUGAAGUCUGUUGUACAAGCUGUGUGGUUACUAACUGUAUCAUUUGGAGAUUUGAUGGUGAUAAUUGUGGCAAACAUACAUUCCAUUCCUUCCCAGAUGUAUGAAUUCUUCCUAUUUGCUGUGCUGAUGUUUUUAGAUACAUUCAUCUUCAUGAUAAUGUCCAUGUUCUACAAAUACAAAGCUAACUCUCUAGAUUAUGCUGAAUUAGGUGAAGAAUCUGAAGAAACAAAUAGUUCAAAAAGACAUGGGGACGAAGAAUUUCCACUGAAAAGCUUUACUACAUCUGCUCCUAGGCACAGUAUUUCAAUUUCUUCUCAAAAUUAAUUGUUACAAACUGUAUUAUACUGUUUUAACAGGCUUUACAGUACCUCUGCAGGUGUAUUUUAAACUGAACUAGAUUUUUACCUUUUUUAACAACAAAAAAGUUUUGAAAAGUACUUGAGCUAGAUGUAUGCUUCAAUUAUAUGUGCUUGUACAUGGCAUUUUUUUCUGAAAGAGCAAUUGAACCAAUACCAAGAAGAUAAAUUAAAUUCCAUCUUGCUUUUGUUUACAUAUUGUUUAUACUACUUAAUGAAUAUUUCUCAGUUACAAAUAUAGAGACACUAAACUCUGCUUAUAAAGAUAUAUAGGGGACUGCCAAAUUUAUAUCAAUAUAUUUCGGAUAUUGUUCUGUCCAAGAAGCCACCAAUUUGAAAACGAGGGUCGGGACUUUGGCAACGGCAACAUUAUAAGCGGUAUAUUGUUAUAAGCAAUAUCUUUAUAAGUGGAGUUUACUGUAUGUGUUUGAAAUCCAUGAUUGAUAAUCAUCUGUGAUAUAUUGAAAACAGCGGGACUGUUAUGUUGCAAUAGUAAAAACAUGAUACUAGACUCAAUAUUAAAGUCCCUAAAUUGCUGGUGUUCUCUGGUGAAAUAUUAUAUAUCAGGGAGUCAUCUUAAGAGCAGAAUUGUUAAGUUACAGCUUGGUGAAGAUUAAAUGUUACCUAUUCACACAUACAUGUGCAAUGAGUCUUAAAAGGGAGGUAAAAAGUGAUUUAAAAAAGUGCAUUUUUUCUUCUGCUAUUUUAAGGCAAUAUUCAAGUAUCAGAUAUAAUAACUUAUUCUUGAUUAUAAAUAAAGAUGCUACAAAAUAAAAUAUAAAUCUAGGCGUAUCUGAGUUUAUAACCUUCAUUUUUCAUUAAAAUAAUUAUUUUUGAAAAGCAGAUUGAUGGAUUGGUUUGAAAAUUUCCGCACAAGUUAUUAAUUAAAUCAAAUUGUAAGUUCAGAAAAAUAACUUAAAUUAAAGAUUGGGUUGAAAACAUGUGUUAAUGAGUUGUGUAUGGAAGUAAUGGACUUGAAUGAUAAGUUUAUUAUAUGUGAUUUUACUAUGGCUUAGUUUAGUAUGAGAAUGUGACUAUUAUGUGAGAUUGAAGUUGUAUUUUUCAUGAUAAAAUUGUGUUGAUUUGGUCAUUUUACACUAUAUUUAUUUACUUAUGUACCUAUUUCAUUGUGUUUUUCUUUACUUAAGAUUUGACAUGAUUUUCACUGAAAAUGUGUACAAAGUCACAAAAUUGAUAUUGCUGCUUAUGAUGAUUAUUUUCUUGUGAGAACGGGUUAUUUCGCUUGAUUUUACAAUUGAUUGUAACAGAAGUUUCAAGUUUCUUCUGGCUGUUCUACAUAAGUCUAUGUUUUUGUUAUGAAAAUCUACCAGCGUGUGUAAUAGCAUCGUGUUAAGGUGUCUGCUUCUUAAACAACGGAGAUCAGGUACAAGCUCUACCUGGGUCACAACCAUGUUUCCUCAAAUGACACCAUUACUGAUUAGUAAAUGUCACCAUUAGUUUGAGGGAGCAGACUUGAGAGUGGUUAAAUAAGUUUAAAGAUUUAGCUUAAGUAAGUAUGAUUAAAAAUAAAUCCACCAGAGAUUGAUGUCCAUCUGUGAUCAUUUUAGCCUAUGUUGGAAAGUGACAAAGGUUUAACCAUCUGAACAGUUUCCUGUGUAUUUUUAUACAAGUUUCAUGGAAUCUAGAGGAUUUUUUUUUUGGGGGGGGGGGGGGGGGGGGGGGGGGGGUGCUAUGUAUGUGUUGCUAUCACUUUUUAAUUAAGUUUUUGCAUGCAAGUUGUCAUCUCUAUGACUAUUGAAAGGAAUGGAUUGAAACUUCACACAAUUAUUUGAGAGCAUAAUAGGUCUCUGUCCAAGACCCAUAACUUUUAACAAGGGGUUUUUUCCCCUCAAAAUAUUAUUAAGGCCCUUUUUCAACUUACAAAAUUCUACAUUAUGCUCGCUCUUCAUUUCCUUUCAAGCACUGAGAGCAGUUGUUUACAUAAUUCUAAACACCUAGGCAAUGCCAGGAAACAUGUCAGUGGUUAUCUGACUGUGGAGUAUGUUAAUACUGUUGUGAAAAAUGUUCCAAAAUGCAAAUGAUACAUGUUUAAUUUACAAAAUCACACAUCUUGUGGUCUUAAAUUGUUAUAAACUAUUGAAUACUCUAUUUAUUUAUUGUUAAAUUUGACUUUGAUGGCAAGAAAUUGUUAGCUGUUGACUAUUGUUAACUUUUGAUUGUUGUUAAUGGUUGUGGAUAUCUAUGUAUAUUUAUUUUAAUUUUAGUGCAUAAUAUAUAAAAGAUGAAUUUAUACUUUGUGAAAUCAGGAUUUUUUUUUACAUUUUAGACUAUAAUUUUUUUUAUGUCUCUUAAUUUUUUUCUCAUUGAGUAUUUUCAUAGAUUAUUGCAAUAAAAGCCUUAUUUUCCUAAUUUGACUGUCUAGUGUAUUUAUAAAAUGACUGCAAAUUACUUUUCUCUACCUAUUCUUAAUUUGAUUUUGUUCUCUGUUUUGUUUAAUGCAUGAAUCUCAUUUGUUUGCUGUUGAAAGAGCUUUCUGUUAUACAUUUACUAUGUUAUAUACAUGUAGUAUAGUGUAGUUGGUAUUUUAUAUUUUUUUUUCUUGUUUAUGUUAUAGUAUUUUAUUUUCAAUUCAUAUGCACAGAUAGAUGUUGCUUUUGCAAACUUGUAAUUUUUUGUGUUAUUUUUCUUAUAUAUACAUUCCAGCUUAUGUAUUUGUGUACCUAAACUUGCAACCAGGAAUUAUUUAAUUUUGCAAUAUAAAAAAAUCAAUAUUUUUAACAAAUCAAAAUUUGUUAUAGGCUUAUUUAGCCUCAAAAAUAGUAAAAUUUUCAUUUUUAAAAGCCUUGCAGUUCAUGUUUUAAGUCCAAAAUGUUUCUAACUUGCCAGAUAGCAGCUGAUCAACCUUUCGUUUCCUUUUUGUUUUAGUGCAUUCAUUCAAUGUUAUAGUGAUUUAGUAAUUUGUAAGAAUCAAUUAUUACUUCAUUGUCCAUUCUACAGAAAGAAAAACUAUUUAUUUCUAUGGUUUAAUGUUCCCUUAUCGUGUUUAUGAUUUUAAUGUGUAUAUUUUCGAGCUUUAUUUGAUUGUAAAAAAUGUUUUUACACUACGCAAAACAGUACAUAAAACUCUUUACCUCACUACAUAUAUGUAUAUGCUGGAAAUCACCUUAACCAAGGGUAUAGGAUAGAUUGGCUACCUUUAACACCAUUUGCUUCAAACUAUUUGAAAAUAUUUUUAUUUUAAAAGUCAUUUUGUUGAUUUCUUUACUUAAAACAGCCAAAAUAUUGUCAUGGUUCUUUCAUAAAUAAAAAAUACAACA